UUCUAGAGCCAGAAGAGAUCAUCCACUUUUUUUCUUCUCCUUCUUCUUCCCCUUUUCAGCCGGAACAUCGUAUCUUGCUUCUGUUGCAUCCAUGGAUUGUUUGGUGAUGCCAGUUUCAUUGAUCCGGCGUCGUUCCACUGGUUCUCGUUUGCGUUACAUGGCGCUUCCUAAAGAGGGGUUGGAGGAAGAAUCGGAGAAGAGCGUGACGGUGGUGGUGGGAAAAGAGAAGAGGGUGUUCAUGGUGGACCCUUUCAUAUUGCAAGAGAGCCCCUUUCGCGUUUUGAUGGACAUAUCCAUGAAGAAGAACCCUGCAGCGGAAAAGAAACACUUCCAUUUCACAUCCACUCCAACAAGAGUAAUCUUUGUCGACGUCGAUGACAUCUUGUUCGAGCACAUGUUGUGGCUCAUGCACAACGAUGCCUCUUCUUUGUUCCAGCUCAAUUUGAAGGAGAUUAUUGACUUCUAUACUCACGAUGUCUGAAUCUCUGUCUUUCAUCUCACCACAGCUACUACUCUGUUUUGUAAAUUUCAGAUACGGAAAAAAUACAGUUUCUAAUACAUACUAUGUGGUUGAUACGGGAUCAGAUUUAGAUUGUAAAAGUUUGGUUUAAUGGUUGAUUUGUCCCACCUCGUUAUCUGUGUUGAUUCAGACAAAAAAAUAUUCCUUUUACACUCAUACAGAAGAAGAGGUUCGUUCGUGAA